GAGAGAGAGAGGGGAAACGACUUCCCUGCGUUUCAUUGGCUAAGACUGUUGAACCCAAUUUCAGACCAUUGAGAAAGAUAGAUGGAGAGAGCAAAACUGCUUUACAUCUCCACUGGCAGAUAGAAAACAAGUCCUUUAGCAUUGAAGACCAGCUCGGAGGCAGCGAGUGCAGUUGUUCCGUUUGCGGUGCUUGUGGGCGAAUUUGAAAAAAAAACACAUUAUAAAAUGAAUCUCCUAUGUUCGAUGUGAAGACAUUCCAGCAUAUCAGCACGAGAAGAGAGAGAGAGAGAAACAUCCCAUGCAGUUGUUAAUGAGGGGCUUUGCUGACUGCUUUAUACAUUCAGUUGACAGCCAGAAAUUGACCUGAUCUCUUUUUAAAGGUAAUAAAGUUGGGAAGUCCUGGCCUGUGGACUGGCAAUGAACUACUGAGCAAGCAGCAAGGCAUCCCAAUGAAGGAACAUUGACAGCAAGUCCCCUGCUCAAUCUAGAGUUAGGGCCAUUCAGUGGCUAUUGGACCUCCCAAGUCGCAGCUGGUGAAAUAAAUAAAUUAAACAAAAGCAAAUUGGAAACGAGAUGAGGCGAGACUUUUAUUUACAUUGUUUUUUGGCAUGCUUUAGCAUUGUCCAUUGGAGUCAUUCCGCCCUUGCAAGAAAUUCCACUGGCUCCCGGGCGUCAACUCGAUCUCGUCAUGGACUCGGUGUCAAAGGUCAAGUGCUUCACAGAUCCAAGAGAGGCUGGGUGUGGAAUCAAUUCUUUGUUAUAGAGGAGUAUACAGGCCCAGACCCUGUACUCGUGGGCAGGCUCCACACGGAUCUGGACAGUGGAGGAGGGAAGAUCAGGUACAUCCUGUCAGGUGAGGGAGCUGGAACUAUAUUUGUUAUCGAUGAGAAAACAGGGAACAUCCACGCAACAAAAACUCUGGACCGAGAGGAGCGCGCUGAGUACACUCUGAUGGCACAAGCUGUCGACCGUUUAACAAACAAACCUCUGGAGCCUCCCUCCGAGUUCAUUGUGAAAGUCCAGGAUAUAAAUGACAACCCUCCUGAGUUCUUGACCGGACCUCAUCACGCUACAGUCCCAGAGAUGUCUAAUGUCGGUACUUCUGUCAUUCAAGUCACAGCCACAGAUGCCGAUGACCCAUCCUAUGGAAACAGUGCCAGGCUGGUGUACAGCAUUCUUGAGGGUCAGCCCUACUUCUCUGUUGAGCCCCAGACAGGCAUCAUAAGGACGGCCCUUCCGAACAUGGAUCGGGAAGCAAGGGAGGAAUAUCUUGUGGUGAUACAAGCAAAGGAUAUGGGCGGCCACAUGGGAGGUCUCUCCGGAACGACAAAAGUGACAAUCACCCUCACUGACGUCAAUGACAACCCACCCAAGUUCCCACAAAGCGUGUAUCAGAUGUCGAUCUCGGAGGCUGCUGAUUUAGGAGCAGUGGUGGGACGGGUAAAGGCCAAAGACCCAGACAUUGGGGAGAACGGGAUGGUGUCCUACAGAAUCAUUGAUGGAGACGGCAGAGAUUUCUUUGAAAUCGCAACCGACUCACAGACUCAGGAGGGAGUUAUCAAGCUGAAAAAGCAGGGCCUGGACUUUGAAACCAAAAAGUUGUACUCCCUGAAAGUGGAGGCGGCCAACGUAUACUUUGAUCCUCGCUUCGUCAGCAGGGGCCCCUUCAAGGAUACGGCGACCGUCAAGAUCUCUGUGGAGGAUGCGGAUGAACCUCCUGUAUUCUCCAUGCCUGUGUACUUCAUGGAAGUCAACGAAAGCGCUCCAGCUGGAACUACAGUGGGCCAGGUGCACGCCAUGGACCACGAUUUAGGUCGUAGUCCCAUCAGAUACUCCAUUGAACAGCAAUCGUACCUCGACAGAUCAUUCACCAUCAAUCCACAGAAUGGAAUUAUAAAAACCACAGAGCCACUGGACAGAGAGUUAACAGUCUGGCAAAACAUCUCUGUCAUUGCAACAGAAGUCAAUAAUCAAAUUCACACUUCACGUGCUCAAGUUGCCAUCAAAAUCCAGGACAUCAAUGACAAUGCACCAGAAUUUGCAGAACCUUAUGAGGUGGAUAUGUGUGAAAAUGCAAACACAGGAAAGCUCAUCCAGACAAUCAAGGCUGUGGAUAAGGAUGAUAAUGCAAAUGGGCCAAGGUUGACCUUCAGCAUAGCUCCGAAUCCAAACUUCACAAUCACAGAAAACACAGGACAUUCCGCUGAUAUAAAGGUGCGGCGCGGAGCAAUGAGCCGGCAGAAACAGGAAGUCUACCUCUUGCCGGUGGUGAUCUCGGACGGAGGGGUCCCCCUCAUGAGCAGCACCAACACCCUCACCAUUCGGGUGUGCAGCUGCACCGCUGAUGGCAGUGUGCAGUCGUGCAACGCAGAACCCUUGACAUUGCCGGCGGGGCUCAGCACUGGAGCGCUGAUCGCCAUCCUCACCUGCAUCAUCAUACUUCUCGUGAUUGUGGUCCUGUUUGUGACUUUGAGACGCCAAAAGAAAGAGCCCUUGAUAGUGUUUGAAGAGGAGGACGUGCGGGAGAACAUUAUCAGCUAUGAUGAUGAAGGAGGGGGGGAGGAGGACACUGAGGCCUUCGAUAUCGCCACAUUGCAGAACCCCGACGGCCUUAAUGGCUUCCUCCCACGGAAGGACAUCAAGCCCGAGCUGCAGUACAUGCCCAGGCAAGGCUUCUGCACUGCCCCCAACAGCGUGGAUGUUGACGACUUCAUCAAAGUCAGGCUCCAGGAGGCUGACUGCGACCCCACUGCCCCGCCCUAUGACUCCAUCCAGAUCUACGGCUACGAAGGGAGGGACUCAGUGGCUGGAUCCCUCAGCUCCCUGGAAUCGGCCACCACCGAAUCUGACCUGGACUAUGAUUACCUCAACAGCUGGGGACCCCGGUUUAAGAGGCUGGCAGAGCUGUAUGGAUCUAAAGAGACCUGUGAAGAAUCUUAACACUUUACCAGAGCAGCCUGGCCUUAAAAUUCCACAUCAACCCUUCGAGAGAAAUGCUGGACUGGAACUUUGGUGGGAUCGAACAGAUUUACCAUCCCUUAUUUUUCUUUUUUUUCCCUUUUUUUUCUUUUUUUUAAUAUAUAUAUAUAUAUAUAUGCUCAAUUUUAUUGAGCGCAGGAACUGAUGUUAAUGACUCCAUCCUUUCAAUGUUGAAGGACGUUGUUAUUUUUCCAAGGUGGAUACUGUGAAAGGGGCGUACCUCGAUGCUAGGUCAUUGCUGUUUUCCACCUCCCACUCUCUUGUCCUCUUGCUCACCACCGUAUCCAAUGCAAAGAAAGAGAAAACGGAGCUGGCCUGCCUUCAUUAGAAUUUCCUGCAGUUGUUUCAAAGAAGCGGGGACAGAAAUGACUAAACUGUAAGAUAAAGCUUUAAAGAGUAAGAAAACACAAAAUCAAACCAACAGUACAUUUUCGGUCAAUCGAUGUGGGGGAAGAGAAAGAAGGUCUUUUCCGCAGACCUUUGUGACUCGCAGAACGUGCCAACAGUGAGACGCACAGUUUGAAUAUUGAGCCUUAAGUAUUGAAUUUAGUCACUGACUAUACCUUUUAAAUUUGCGAGAAUAUUCUCCGUGGUUCAGCUUACAGUGACACUGAGAGGCAUGAGAGGGCACGGAACUAAUCUGUCUUUGCAAAAACGAAAGAACAAGACCUUAUUCCUGUUUAAAUCUUGUAAACCUUUUUUUUUGCUUUAAGUAUUGUGUUUAAUAUGUGUCGGGCACAGACCUGUCCCAUCACAGUGAGAAAUGCCUGAUUUCUACGUCAUUUCUAUGUGUCAAUUUGUACAAUCUUAAAAGUUCUUAUUUUAGUAAAAAAUACAUGAAGUCUCAAUAAUAUGACAUGCAACAAAAUGUUACGGCAUCACUAUUCUAUUUUAUGGACAUUGUACUGUUGCUUUAUUAUUGUGCUUCAGGCAGAGAAGCCGGACUUUACAAUAAAAGAAUUUUUCUACAA